GGAUUUGUAUCACUGUACUGGGAGCUCCCUAUCCCAGGAUGGGGACCCUUAUGGGUUGCCCUCUACUGUUCCUGCUGCUGGCAGUCACCCUGGCCCGGACCCAAGCAGGCAAGAGCUCACACUCGCUGCGGUAUUUCGCCACUGCCAUGUCCCGGCCCGGCCUCGGGGAGCCCCGGUUCACCGCUGUGGGUUACGUGGACGAUAGGCAGUUCAUGCGCUUCGACAGCGACUCCGAGAAUCCCAGGGCCGAGCCAUGCAAGCCGUGGGUGGAACAGAUGGAGCCCGAAUAUUGGGAGCAGGAAACCCGGAAAUUCAAGGAGCACACCCAGAAUUUCCGAACUUGCCUUCAGAACCUACUCCACCUGUACAACCAGAGUCAGGAAGGUUCCCACACUAUCCAGGAUAUGCACGGAUGCUACGUGGGACCAGAUAGUCAGUUCCUACACGGGCACUAUCAACAUGCCUACGAUGGCCACGAUUACAUCACCCUGAACGAGGACCUGAGCUCCUGGACCGCAGCGGAUGCAGUGGCUCAGAUCACUCAACACAAGUGGGAGGAGGCUGGCGUGGCAGAGGAAUACAAGGCCUACCUAGAGGGCACGUGCGUGGAGACACUCCACAGAUUAUUGGAGGAAAGUCAGCAUCACUCAGGCAAGUGAUACCCCCCAAAGACACAUGUGACCCAUCACCCCAGAUCUGAAGGUGAUGUCACCUUGAGGUGCUGGGCCCUGGGCUUCUACCCUGCUGACAUCACCCUGACCUGGCAGUUGAAUGGGGAGGACCUGACCCAGAACAUGGAGCUUGUGGAGACCAGGCCUGCAGGGGAUGGAACCUUCCAGAAGUGGGCAUCUGUGGUGGUGCCUUCUGGGGAGGAGCCUGGAUACACAUGCCAUAUACACCACGAGGGGCUGCCUGAGCCCCUCACCCUGAGAUGGGAGCCUCCUCCAUCCUCGGACUCUAACAUGGUAAUCAUUGCUGUUCUGGUUGUCCUUGGAGCUAUGGCCGCCAUUGGAGCUAUGGUGACUUUUGUGAUGAAGAAGCAGAGAAACACAGCUUUUCUUCUCACUGGUGGAAAAGGAGGAGACUAUGCUCCAGCUGGAGGCAGCAACAGUGUCCAGACCUCUACCUCAUGUCUGGAGGCUUGAAAAGCCAUCCUUCCUUCCUGGUCCAGCAGGCACUAGGAGACAUCUGCAUCCUGACAGCUCCACGCUGCCCUGAGCUGCAGCUCCUCACAUCUACACUGAACAUAAGAAUCUGAAUAUAAACUCGAUUGCUCAAAUCUUUAAGUUGAGGGUUAAUUAGUGGGUAAAUUAAGGGACUGAGAAUACUCAGAGUGCUGAGGCAGAAAUAAAUGGCAGCAUGGAGAAGCUUCCA